UCAUUUCCAACUUUUCACUUUUCACAACACCAAACAUAUCUAUCCAUACCAUCGUAACAACAGGGUUGUGAUUCUUCUUCACUCCCCUCAACCCUACCCUAGGGUUUUCUUUCCCUUCAUUUCCCUCGUUCAGAAUUAGGGUUUCGAGGUUUCGAAAAUGUCGCAUCUCGGCGGUGGCGCGGAGGCGCACGCGCGGUUCAAGCAGUACGAGUACCGCGCCAACUCCAGCCUCGUCCUCACCACCGACUCUCGCCCCCGCGACACCCACGAACCCACCGGGGAGCCCGAGUCCCUCUGGGGCAAAAUCGACCCCAAAAGCUUCGGAGAUCGCGCCUUCCGCGGCCGCCCCCCUGAGCUCGACGAGAAGGCCGCCGCCGCCGCUCUCAAGAAGAGUAAGAAGAAGAAGGACCGCGACCCUGACGCCGCCGCGUCUUCCCGCCGCGCGAAGCGCCGGCGCUUACAGGAGGAGAGUGUUCUCACUGCCUCUGAUGAGGGGGUUUACCAGCCCAAGACUAAGGAGACCCGUGCCGCGUACGAGGCCAUGUUGAGCGUUAUUCAGCAGCAGCUUGGCGGGCAGCCGCUGAGUAUAGUCAGCGGCGCCGCCGAUGAGAUCCUUGCUGUGUUGAAGAACGAUGUGUUUAAGAAUUCGGAGAAGAAGAAGGAGAUUGAGAAGCUGCUUAAUCAUAUCCCUGACAAUGUUUUUGACCAGAUGGUGUCUAUUGGUAAGCUGAUUACUGAUUUUCAGGAGGCCGGGGAUGCGCCCGCGGCGGCUGAUGGGGAUGGGGGGCUUGAUGAUGAUGUUGGUGUGGCGGUUGAGUUUGAAGAGAAUGAGGAGGAUGAUGAUGAGAGUGAUCUUGAUGUGGUGCAGGAAGAGGAAGAGGAUGAGGAUGAUCUUGCUGAACCGAACGCGUCGUCGGGUAUGCAAAUGGGUGGUGGGAUUGAUGAUGAGGAUAUGGAGGAAGCUAAUGAAGGGAUGAACCUCAAUGUGCAGGAUAUUGAUGCUUAUUGGCUUCAGAGGAAAAUCUCUCAGGCGUUUGAGCAGCAGAUUGACCCGCAGCAAUGCCAGAAGCUUGCUGAGGAAGUGCUUAAGAUUCUGGCUGUGGCUGAUGACAGGGAAGUGGAGAACAAGUUGUUGUUUCACCUGGAGUUUGACAAGUUCAGCCUGAUUAAGUUUCUGUUGCGGAAUAGGCUGAAGAUUGUGUGGUGUACCCGGUUAGCGAGGGCGCAGGAUCAGGAAGAGAGGGAGAAGAUUGAGGAGGAGAUGAAGGGUACGGAGUUGCAGCCAAUUUUGGAGCAGCUGCAUGCUACUAGGGCCUCUGCUAAGGAGAGGCAGAAGAACUUGGAGAAGAGUAUAAGGGAAGAGGCUCGUAGGUUGAAGGAUGAUACUACUGGUACUGGUAAUGGAGAUGGGGAUAGGGACAGGGAGAAGGAUAGAAGUAGGAGUAGGGGAGUUUCUGAGAGAGAUGCAGAGAGUGGGUGGUUGAAGGGUCAGCGCCAGAUGCUUGAUUUUGAUAGCCUUGCAUUUCAUCAAGGUGGGUUCUUGAUGGCUAACAGGUGUGAUCUGCCUGAUGGGUCUUAUAGGCAUCUAAGCAAGGGUUAUGAAGAAAUCCACGUGCCCGCCUUGAAGGCUAAACCCCUUGAUUCUAAUGAGAAGCUUGUAAAAAUAUCUUCUAUACCUGAUUGGGCACAACCCGCCUUUAAAGGAAUGACGCAGCUGAAUAGGGUUCAGAGCAAGGUCUAUGAGACGGCACUCUUCAGGCCUGAUAAUCUUCUGCUUUGUGCUCCAACUGGGGCUGGAAAAACUAAUGUUGCAGUUCUCACGAUGCUUCAGCAAAUUGCGAGGCACAGGAAUCCUGAGGAUGGUUCCAUUGACCACAGUGCUUAUAAGAUUGUUUAUGUUGCGCCUAUGAAAGCUCUCGUGGCUGAGGUUGUAGGGAAUUUGUCCAAUCGUUUGCAGGAAUAUGGUGUUACAGUUAGGGAGCUCAGUGGAGACCAGUCUCUGACCCGUCGGCAAAUAGAAGAGACUCAAAUUAUUGUGACAACUCCUGAGAAGUGGGAUAUUAUCACUCGAAAGUCAGGAGAUCGAACUUACACGCAGCUUGUGAAGCUUCUUAUCAUUGAUGAGAUUCAUCUUCUUCACGAUAACAGAGGGCCUGUUCUUGAAAGUAUUGUUGCUAGAACAGUUAGGCAGAUAGAAACCACGAAGGACUAUAUUCGGUUGGUGGGGUUGUCUGCUACCCUUCCUAAUUAUGAAGAUGUGGCACUGUUUUUGCGUGUUGAUCUUAACAAGGGGUUGUUUUAUUUUGAUAAUAGUUAUAGGCCUGUUCCUCUUUCUCAACAGUAUAUUGGAAUCACAGUUAAGAAGCCGCUUCAGAGGUUCCAGUUGAUGAAUGAUAUCUGUUACGAGAAAGUUUUAGGUGUAGCUGGAAAGCAUCAGGUUCUUAUCUUUGUACAUUCAAGGAAAGAAACUGCUAAAACUGCUAGAGCCAUCAGAGAUACUGCACUUGCAAAUGAUACUCUUGGUAGGUUCCUUAAAGAAGAUAGUGCUAGUCGCGAGAUUCUUCACUCUCAUACUGAACUUGUGAGGAGCAAUGAUCUUAAAGAUCUUCUGCCCUAUGGUUUUGCAAUUCAUCAUGCUGGUAUGAACAGGGCAGAUCGCAAUCUUGUUGAGGAUCUCUUUGCUGAUGGUCAUGUGCAAGUUUUGGUAUCCACUGCGACCCUUGCUUGGGGUGUGAAUCUCCCAGCUCAUACAGUGAUAAUAAAAGGGACACAGAUAUACAAUCCUGAAAAGGGUGCCUGGACUGAACUUAGUCCUCUUGAUGUGAUGCAGAUGUUGGGUCGUGCUGGAAGGCCCCAGUAUGACUCAUAUGGUGAAGGAAUAAUUCUUACUGGCCAUAGUGAGUUGCAGUAUUACCUCUCUCUUAUGAACCAACAACUUCCUAUUGAGAGCCAGUUUGUGUCCAAGCUGGCCGAUCAGCUGAAUGCAGAAAUUGUUCUUGGUACUGUUCAAAAUGCCAGGGAAGCCUGUAAUUGGAUUGGAUACACUUACUUGUAUGUCCGUAUGUUAAGGAAUCCUUCUCUAUAUGGUUUAGCACCAGAUGUCCUGAAGAGAGAUAUAACAUUGGAGGAGAGAAGAGCUGAUUUGAUUCAUACAGCAGCAACCAUAUUAGAUAAAAAUAAUUUGGUGAAGUAUGAUAGGAAGAGCGGAUAUUUUCAGGUCACCGACUUGGGUCGAAUUGCAAGCUACUACUACAUAACGCAUGGAACCAUAUCCACAUAUAAUGAGCACUUAAAGCCUACAAUGGGGGAUAUAGAGCUUUGUCGAUUGUUCUCAUUGAGUGAAGAAUUCAAGUAUGUGACAGUAAGACAGGAUGAGAAGAUGGAGCUAGCAAAGCUUUUGGAACGAGUUCCCAUUCCCAUCAAGGAAAGUCUGGAAGAGCCAAGUGCCAAGAUCAAUGUUUUGCUGCAAGCAUACAUUUCACAAUUAAAGCUUGAAGGGCUAUCACUGACAUCUGAUAUGGUCUUUAUAACUCAGAGUGCUGGACGCCUUUUGCGGGCUCUUUUUGAGAUUGUCCUGAAACGUGGCUGGGCACAGUUGGCUGAAAAGGCUUUGAAUUUAUGCAAGAUGGUGACCAAGAGGAUGUGGAGUGUCCAAACACCUCUUCGUCAGUUCAAUGGAAUCCCAAGUGAUGUAUUAACGAAGUUGGAAAAGAAAGAUUUGGCCUGGGAAAGGUAUUAUGACCUAUCACCACAAGAGAUAAGUGAACUCAUUCGUGCAACCAAGAUGGGAAGGACACUUCAUAAAUUUAUCCACCAAUUUCCAAAACUGAACCUUGCAGCACAUGUGCAGCCAAUUACUCGCACGGUUUUGGGGGUUGAACUCACAAUAACUCCGGAUUUUGCAUGGGAUGACAAUAUCCAUGGAUAUGUUGAGCCAUUCUGGGUGAUUGUGGAGGAUAAUGAUGGUGAAUAUAUUCUUCAUCAUGAGUAUUUUUUGCUGAAAAAGCAAUAUAUUGAUGAGGAUCAUACUCUGAAUUUCACAGUGCCAAUAUACGAGCCUCUUCCUCCUCAAUACUUUAUCUGUGUUGUUUCAGAUAAAUGGCUUGGAUCACAAACUGUUUUACCUGUUUCAUUCAGGCAUCUAAUCUUACCUGAAAAGUAUCCUCCACCAACUGAGCUAUUGGAUCUGCAGCCACUGCCCGUAACUGCCUUACGAAAUCCAUCAUAUGAAGCUCUUUAUCAGGUCUUUAAGCAUUUUAAUCCUGUUCAGACACAAGUCUUCACAGUUCUGUAUAAUUCUGAUGACAAUGUCUUAGUUGCUGCUCCAACAGGGAGUGGUAAGACUAUAUGUGCAGAAUUUGCUAUAUUGAGGAAUCAUCAAAAAGUGCCUGAUAGUGUUAUGCGUGUUGUUUAUAUUGCUCCCAUUGAAGCUCUUGCCAAGGAACGGUAUCGUGACUGGGAGAGGAAAUUUGGUGGUGGUCUUAAAUUAAGGGUAGUUGAAUUGACUGGAGAAACAGCGACAGACUUGAAACUACUUGAGAAGAGUCAGAUUAUUAUUAGCACUCCGGAGAAAUGGGAUGCUCUAUCCCGCCGCUGGAAACAGAGGAAACAAGUUCAACAAGUUAGUCUUUUUAUCAUUGAUGAGCUCCACUUAAUUGGGGGUCAAGGAGGUCCUGUUUUAGAGGUUAUUGUUUCCAGGAUGAGAUAUAUUGCUAGUCAGGUUGAGAACAAAAUUCGUAUUGUGGCUCUGUCAACCUCACUUGCGAAUGCAAAGGAUCUGGGAGAAUGGAUUGGAGCUACCUCCCAUGGCCUUUUCAAUUUCCCCCCUGGUGUUCGUCCUGUGCCUUUGGAAAUACACAUUCAGGGUAUAGAUAUUGCCAAUUUUGAGGCAAGGAUGCAGGCAAUGACAAAACCAACUUACACUGCAAUUGUUCAACAUGCGAAGAAUGGUAAACCUGCUCUUGUGUUUGUACCUACAAGGAAACAUGUUCGGCUGACGGCUGUGGAUCUGAUAACUUACUCAGGUGCUGACAGUGGAGAGAAACCGUUUUUAUUGCGGUCCAUUGAAGAAAUUGAUCCUUUUCUUAACAAGAUUAGUGAUGAAAUGUUGAAAGUCACUUUACGUGAAGGCGUGGGUUACUUGCAUGAGGGCUUGAACAGUCUUGAUCAAGACAUUGUAACACAGCUAUUUGAAGCUGGCUGGAUUCAGGUCUGUGUUUUAAGCAGUUCCAUGUGUUGGGGAUUGGCAUUAUCUGCUCAUUUGGUAGUCGUGAUGGGCACACAAUACUAUGAUGGGCGGGAGAAUGCACAGUCAGAUUACCCUGUUACUGAUCUUCUGCAGAUGAUGGGUCAUGCCAGCCGACCUCUGGUGGAUAAUUCUGGAAAAUGUGUCAUCUUGUGCCAUGCACCUCGUAAGGAGUACUACAAGAAGUUCUUGUAUGAAGCAUUCCCGGUUGAAAGUCAUCUUCAUCACUUCCUACAUGAUAACUUGAAUGCUGAAAUUGUUGCUGGAAUUGUUGAAAACAAGCAAGAUGCUGUAGAUUAUCUUACAUGGACAUUUAUGUACAGGCGGCUAACCCAGAAUCCCAACUACUAUAAUUUACAAGGAGUUAGUCACAGGCAUCUAUCUGAUCACCUCUCAGAGAUGGUGGAGAAUACAUUGAGUGAUUUAGAAGCGAGCAAGUGUGUUGCUAUUGAGGAUGAUAUGGACCUUUCUCCUCUCAAUCUAGGAAUGAUAGCAUCAUAUUAUUACAUCAGUUACACAACGAUUGAAAGGUUUUCAUCAUCUUUGACCUCAAAAACAAAAAUGAAGGGUCUUUUGGAGGUUCUAUCCUCAGCUUCAGAGUAUGCUCAGCUUCCCAUACGACCUGGGGAGGAAGAGGUGGUUCGUAGGUUAAUUAAUCACCAGAGGUUUUCCUUUGAAAAUCCCAAAGUUACAGACCCACAUGUUAAAGCUAAUGCUUUGCUUCAGGCCCAUUUCUCUAGGCAAUCUGUUGGUGGGAACCUUUCAUUGGACCAGAGAGAGGUGCUUCUUUCUUCAAGUAGACUUCUUCAGGCAAUGGUUGAUGUUAUAUCGAGCAGUGGUUGGCUCAGCCUGGCUCUUCUUGCUAUGGAAGUUAGUCAAAUGGUGACACAAGGGAUGUGGGAACGUGACUCAAUGCUACUGCAGCUUCCUCAUUUUACGAAGGAUUUGGCUAAGAGAUGCCAGGAGAACCCCGGGAAGAGUGUUGAAACUGUGUUUGAUUUAUUAGAGAUGGAGGAUGAUGAGAGGCGUGAAUUGUUGGGCAUGUCAGAUUCACAGUUGUUGGAUAUUGCUCGAUUUUGCAACCGUUUUCCUAAUAUUGAUUUGUCAUAUGACGUCCUGGACAGUGACAAUGUGCGGGCUGGGGAGGAUAUCACAAUACAGGUCACUCUUGAGCGGGAUCUCGAGGGUAAGACAGAAGUAGGACCUGUUGAUGCUCCCAGGUAUCCAAAAGCAAAGGAGGAAGGAUGGUGGCUUGUUGUUGGUGAUACCAGAAACAACUUGUUGCUUGCCAUUAAACGUGUUUCCCUGCAACGGAAGUUGAAAGCCAAACUAGAGUUUGCUGCUCCAGCUGAUGCUGGAAAGAAAUCCUACGUGCUUUAUUUCAUGUGUGAUUCAUACAUGGGGUGUGAUCAGGAAUAUGGUUUCACUGUUGAUGUUAAGGAAGCUGAUGAAGAUAGUGGCAAAGAUUGAAAAGUUUCUUGAAGCUGCAAAUGGGAAGGAUAAUACUUAAAUGCUGAAGAUUAUGUCUUGUUGUGGCAAGGAAGUAUGUACAGCAAUAUGAAGUCAGGUAGCAUUAGGAGGUGAUCCCGGAGGUUGCUUACUGAGACGCGGUAGCCGGCGGCGUACUAAUUACUGCAUUGGGAGGUGGAUGGGUUGCUAAUUGGGACACUUGGUCUUUUUUGUUCUUUUGCUUUUGCAUUAACGGUGUCUGAUUAUUCCAUGGCAUUUACCAAAGCCUACUUAUCCAGUUUGACGCCGUCCUGGUGAUGUUGGAGAGAGAACUUGUUAUGCUUAUAGUUUUGGAGACCGGGCUUUAUGGCUCUGUUUUGUAUUGCUGUUUAGUGAAAGUUUAUGCUCUCCCAUUUAAAUUUCAGCUAGUUGAUAUCAGUGGCUAUUCAUGUUUUCUCAACGAUCUUGAUGUGUUAAAUAACUAUCUUUUUAACUCAUUGAAACUUUAGCCACACUACCACUUAUAAAGACGACUUUUUGGAUUUUGUGAA